CUCUCGGGGGUGCGCGCGGCGGCGGCGGCGGCGGCGCGUGGCAGGUCCGGCGGGCGCGAGGCGGCGGCGGCGGCCCGAGCGCGGCCCAGCCUCGUCCGCCCUGGGCCCGCCCGGCCCGACCCCGGCCCGCCCGGAGCGCCGCGGCCUCGCCUCGGCCCGGCGCCUCCCGAGGGAGCGGCGCUGCCGGCCGAGAGCGCAGGCCCGGCCAUGACCGACUUCAAAUUGGGCAUCGUGCGGCUCGGCCGGGUGGCCGGGAAGACCAAAUACACAUUGAUAGAUGAACAAGACAUCCCAUUGGUGGAGAGCUACUCCUUUGAGGCCCGAAUGGAAGUAGAUGCAGAUGGAAAUGGUGCUAAGAUAUUUGCAUAUGCCUUUGACAAAAACCGAGGAAGGGGAUCAGGCAGGCUCCUUCAUGAACUGUUGUGGGAGAGGCACAGGGGCGGCGUCGCUCCCGGCUUCCAGGUAGUGCACCUCAAUGCUGUGACUGUGGACAACCGCCUGGACAACCUGCAGCUGGUGCCUCGGGGCUGGCGGCCCAAAGCUGAAGAGACCUCCAGCAAACAGAGGGAGCAGAGCUUGUACUGGCUUGCAAUCCAGCAGCUUCCCACGGACCCUAUAGAAGAACAGUUCCCUGUCCUGAAUGUGACCCGGUACUACAAUGCCAAUGGGGAUGUGGUAGAAGAAGAGGAGAACUCCUGUACCUACUAUGAGUGUCAUUACCCUCCCUGCACAGUGAUUGAGAAGCAGCUCCGGGAGUUCAACAUCUGUGGGCGCUGCCAGGUGGCCCGGUACUGUGGCUCCCAAUGCCAGCAGAAGGACUGGCCUGCCCACAAGAAGCACUGUCGGGAGAGGAAGCGUCCCUUCCAGCACGAGCUUGAGCCGGAGCGAUGACGGGCAGCGGAGCUGCCAUUGACGCGGGCCUGUGACUUCGGGCUCUUCGUGGACACAGCAGAGACAGACAGGCGCUUGAACCUGGAGGUGCCGAAGAAUCCAGUGGCAAGCCCAGAACAGCCACCAUGAGUCUCCCCAUGACACAUGCUGUCUGUGGGGACAGUGCUCCUCCAGUGUUAAAUGUCCAGCAGAGACAACGGGGAGGCUCCCCGGGACCUUUCUCAUUAUUUAUAUGUUAAUAUGUUUGUAAACUCAUGUACAGUUUUUUUGGGGGGGAGGCAAGGGGAGGGUUAGAAACUACAAAUAGGAUCAUUUGCUGUAAGCCUCAAAUGGCAAAUGGUCGGCCACAAGUCUAGAAACUCAAUAGUGGAGCUUCUCUCCUGGGCAGUGGGGUCCCCACUGAGGGUGGCCUGCACGAAGUUGUGUCCAAAAGGACAGAGUAAAGGGUGGAAUCAUCUUC